CGAGCACUCAGAUUUUUCAAUUCACUGUCUGAGUGCCGACCAUGGCGCUGUUAUGGGCGUUUUUCCCGCGCACAUUACCAAAACCUGAUGCAAACGGUGCCGUGGAAAAAAAGGCACAUAUCAAUCGAAUCAGGAAAGCAAAGGGGCUUGAUGCGCGGAAUGCGACGGGCUCGAAUGUGGAAGAUCUCGAAGCUGCUAUUGCGAGAUUGUACGAAGAUCUGUGCUCCAGGCCGGCGCAUUUUCUGCUCGAAUUCAUACAGAAUGCAGACGAGAACGACUACGAGAGUGACACCAUUCCCACUUUGAAAUUGACGUAUAGAAACAGAACGCUGCGCAUUGACUGCAAUGAAACUGGAUUCACGGCAAAGAACGUCGAGGCACUUUGUCGAAUAGGGCGGAGUACCAAAGUAGACAGCGACGAUGACUCCAGCCAUGCCGACAAAGGCAUUGGGUUCAAAUCCGUCUUCCAGGCCGCCGACACCGUGUGGGUUGCUUCUGGGGCAUAUACCUUUAAAUUCGACAAGCACAAGCCCCUGGGCAUGAUCGCCCCCAUCUGGGAGGCUUUCCCGGAGACGAGGGAGAGUGCAUUCUGCACCUCGUUUCUGAUCCAGUUGGCGGAGGAUUACGAUGAGCGAGGACUGAUUCACGAUAUCCAGUCGAUUGACUCGGCUGCUUUUCUCUUUCUUCGACGAUUGAAACGGAUUGAGCUGGCUGUCCACGAAGAGAGCGGGCUGUGGGAGAAGAAGCUCUGGAAAGAUGAAGAAGAUGAGCAACUGACCACGCUGAGGGAAGACGACAGUCCGCUGCGCUAUAUCGUCACCUCGCAUAUGGUGGACAUGCCCCGUGAAGAGAAACGGCCAGAUCAGUCCAAGCUGGUCCUGGCAUUUCCCAUUGAGAGUGAUGCGCUGCAUCCUAGAAUAUCACCCCAGCGGGUUUACUCAUCCGUCCUCCCUAUCCGGGACUAUGGACUUCCUUUUCUUCUCCAAGCAGACUUUCUCCUCUCAUCAAGCCGCGAGGACAUUGAGAGUUGCAAAUGGAACGAUGCCCUUUGCGAAGGUCUGGUGGACACUUUUCUCGCUGCUGUCGAUGGCUUCACAGACGCUCUCAAGUAUACCUGGCUUCGCUACCUUCCACUUGGUCAGGUAUCAGAUUCUUUCAAACCUCACACAGACAGGAUAGUACAUGCGCUCGCGGACAGACCGGUUCUGGAAGCUUUCGAUGGCUCAUUCUACAAGCCUUCGUCUCUAAAGCGCGUGCCAGAGCGAUUCAUGGACGGGAAUAACACGCCUUUCACCCUGGGCCCGCAGACAAAGUCGAAAUAUCUUUCGCCCAAAUACUCCCGCGAGGACUAUGAUGCCCUCUCCCAGCUCGGAGUCGAGGAACUUUCCCCUGCUGAAUUCCUCGAAGACUUGAAACAUGUCUUUGGCGAAGACGCUCCAGCCCUCCAUGCCAAGUCCAACGAAUGGCAUUCCCAACUGGCCGGGGCUCUGUUGACCUUAUCACCGGAAAAGAACUUCUCCUCCGCCAUAUCCAGUCUAAUGCUGAUCCCAUUAAGAAAAGGCAAAUGGGCCUCUGUCCGCAGCGGCAAACAGCUUCUCUUCGAAGACGCCACCGACUUUGACAUCCCGCCCGGCGUGAGCCACCGCUUCGUGGAUCCGGACGCGGCGACGGAUCUCAAUCGCAAACUCCUCUUCGUCUACCUGGGUGUCACCCCGUGCACGCGGCUCAAGCUGUGUGGUUUGAUUCUGAAAAUGCACGGCGAUGCCGCGUUCAACCCGAAAACUGUCUCCAGAGGCCAGCUGGUCUCCCACGCAAAAUUCCUCUUCGAGACAUUCGAUGAACAGCCCUGGACGCCGCCAAUCGGGUCGCAGCUAUGGUUUGUCGAUGAGAAGCGGCAUCCCCGACGGGGGCCGGAGCUGUACAUUGAUGGAGAGGGCGGUGGGUCUAGUUCGCCUGCUGCGAGGUUUCUGAGCAACAGAGACCGGUUUGCUUUUCUGCAUCCGGACUAUCUUGCUUCUGUUGCGGAGGAUAGAAGACAGGCUUGCCUUUCGUUUCUGAGUGGGAGUUUUGGUGUCUCGGCGUUGCCGCGACUGGUUUCGCUAGGCAAAUCGUCGUUUGAGAUAUCCGAGGACUUCACAUUCCUUCUUCAAGACCACCCGUCCUUUGACGUGCUUCGGCUGUUACGCGACCAUUGGAGCUAUUAUUCACAAUGGAUAGAAGAUCAACCAGGCCAAGCUGGAAGUGGAAUCAACUGCAAAGCAGAACUGCGAGAUCGCCUCGCGCAAAUAGAGGUAACCUGCUUGAAUGGCGAGACAGUUCCGCUGAAGACGACCUUCUCCCUGUCCCUUGAUCCAGAGCUGGAGUGUCUCUAUGAACUUCCGACAAUGCCCAUUCUGCAUAUUGAGGACGCCGAGAAUGAGAGCUGGCAGAUGUUGAAGGUGUUUGGGGUGACGAUGGAGAAGAAUGCCGAAUUGUACAUUUCUGGUCUGAGGGCAAUGGUUGCAUCUCAAAGGGGGUACCCACGCCACACGCUGUCGUAUAUAUACAACCAGAUCCAAGCGGGAUAUACUAGCAGCAGCAAGGCAGCUCUCAGGACGAUAUUCAGAGAAAGCGCAUUGAUAUACACCCCGCCAUACAACGGCACAGCAGGGCGAUGGGCGACAGUAUCAGAGCUGAAAGGCAGCAACCUCCCAGCCAAUCUUCUCGAACUGGAAUAUCCCACCUGCACAAGACUCUUCCAGAGCAUCACCAAGCCCCGGAAAGGCGAAUUCAAAGACCUCGUGGACGAAACCCAGUCCAUCACUCCUUCCAGUUCGCUGACGGACAUCUUCACCCUCCUGCUCGUCAUCAACAAAGCUUUGUCAUUACAGGAUCAAUGGCCUUCGUCCUGCGAAGACCAUGAAAGUCUAUCCGAGAGACCUAUCUUCCCUGUUGGGACUGCUGGACAGGAGGGAUUCGAGCUUCGAUCAGCCUCGGAUGUGGGUUCUUGCUGGUUCAUUGAGGAUGAUGACAAUCUGUCAUGCAUGUUCCAAGGACAGGCACCCGUGCUUUUAUUUUCGAUGGAACAGAUCAAGCAGCUCGCUGUGCUCUUGCAGGCAAUGCAGGUUGAAUCACGAAAGAUGUCCGUCUGCUUUACGACGGAAAGUACACCCCAAGGCAAAGUCCACCUCGACGCGGUGUAUACGCAUCUCAUCAGAUCAAAAGCCGCAUUGAUCAAGAGCCUCCUCCCAGAUCCGAACUUGCAAGAGAAAAUCUACCAUUCACUCCGCCGAGUCCGCGUGUUCAAAGUACCAGCCGUCAUACGAAACCUCAGCCUGACGUACCGGGCAUUCAAGAUCCACGGACUCCCUCAACCGAGUGACUUUGUCGCCCGGUUCGAAGACAGCAGCGUCAUCUUCCUCACGGCAAAAGAUAUCCAAGCCAGCCACGUCCCGCUGGGACUGGUAGAUUUGCUGUUCGAGAAAUGCCAACUGAAGGAAACCGCGUGCAAGUUCCUGCUACGGGCUAUUCUGAGCCGUGGAAGCAGGGAGCAAACGCAGGAGUUCAUCGCUCAGCAUCGGCUGAUGAUUCCUGAGGAUGAGCAUACUCCAAGAGGGCUGGAGAGGGCAAACACGUUCCCGCUUAGUGCGUCUGAUCAUCGAAUGAAAGUCAGGGAUGUUCCGGAGUACUUGGAUACAGAUGAAGAGGAAGUAUCUGAGCAGUUUGAUGAGGUCACGCCCUCUAAAGUUCCAGCUCAGGUGACGACAAGGGCCAAGGAAGAAGAGUCAAGCAGGAUCUUGACUUUUGAUCAUGAUGGCACCAUGAACUUGCCUCCUCUGAAUCCCGAUGAAAGUGAAAAAGAGCUGGACGGUGCCGCAUUUGCUGCCGAGUCACUGACUUCAGCUUUGCUUCAAGACAGACUUGAAGCAUAUCGCCCUGAGAAACACUGGACAAGCAAAAAGCGCGAGAGAGUGGGCUUCCCCUCAUUCACAAAGGAAGCCGGCUGUUCGCCAUUUACCCUUUCCAGCUGUUCGCACCAGAUGACGAGCUUUCUCGUCCAGCUGGGGUAUAAGUCCGCCGAGCGCUGGCGGGAAAAUCCCCCCGUCUACCAUAUUGAGGUUGUAGCAGCGGAAGAUGGUACCCACUCCCCCUUUCCCUGGAGCCUGGAGCAGAUGGAAAAGUCAUGGAAGCUGUCUCUCGUUCAUUCAGGGAUAGCAAGCUCCGAGGGCGUGGUGAUACUCGCCCUCGUCUCCAACAUCAAAUCGAAUGCCCGGCUUCGAUUAUUCGUCGAUCCAUGGUACUGGUAUGUCCUGGGCUAUCUGAGACUCCACGACGGUCGGUCCCUUCAAUUGAGCGACGAUCCGUAUUCCUCGAGCUCGCUCGUCAUGAGAAACUCCCUGUCCAAAGUAGGCACCCGAAUGAGCCAGUACGGCCGGAGGAGCUCUAUCGGGCUCUCGUCGGGAUCAACCCAGAAUACAGUCCAAAACGCGGACCGAAGGAGCUCCAUCGGAAUGCCUUCAGGAUCAACCCAGAAUACUGUUCAAAACACAGGCCGGAGGAGCUCCGCCGGGCUCUCGUCAGGAUCAACCCAGAAUACUGUCCAGAACACAGUCCCCGGACUCAACUGCAGUGGCUUUUUACGGGGUAGAAAGACCUACUCCUACCGCCCACUGGAUGGCGAGAGCAUACGCCUGUUCUCACUGCUCCCCGGCCAAGAGGGUGACGAUAUCUGGGGCUUCGUUUCUCAUACCACGCUUGAGUCUGCCGGUCCGUACAGAGCGCUUUCGUAUGCAUGGGGGGAUCACGGUACGCCGUAUGCGAUUCGGACAGAAAAGGGGCUGCUCCCCAUCACGGUCUCGCUGGAUGCUGCUCUUCGGCGUCUCCGCGAUAAAAGGCAUUCGGUGCUUUUGUGGGUCGAUGCCAUCUGCAUUAACCAGGCCGAUGAAGAGGAGAAGGCAAAUCAGGUCCGGUUGAUGCCGUCCAUCUACCGAUCCGCCUGCAGUGUGGUGGCGUAUCUAGGGGAGGGAGAUGAGCAGAGUGAUCUGGUCUUGCAGGCAAAAUCAGGAGAUCCAGCUCAUUCAGCUGGGGCAGCGAUGGAUGGAUUCUUCGCGCGUGAGUGGUUCCAAAGGGCAUGGGUCGUCCAGGAGAUUGUCGCCGCACGCACUCUGUGGAUGGUCUGUGGAAAGCAGAUCAUCGGAUGGACGGAUUUGAUGCAGGCCAUCAAAGCCACGGAUUCUCCCAUCUCCAACUGGGGUCAUAUAGCCACUCUGGCAGCCCAUCGAGACUGGGAAGCCCACUCGCACCGCUGGCCGUUGAUCCAUCUCCUCGGAUCGUUGUCCGGUCACGUCCAGUCAACCCUGACACGAGAUCGACUCUUCAGCAUGCUCGGAUUCUCCCUCGACGGCGGAGAUGUCGCGUUCGAACCAGACUAUGCCGCUCCGCUGGAAGACGUGGUGAUCGCGUACGCCCACAAAUUCGUGGACCAAGGCCGCGUCCUGAAGCUCCUCUCCCACGCGGGUCUCGGCACCCAGCCAACCCGCUUCCCAUCGUGGGUCCCCGACUGGACGAUUCCCCAGCGACCGUCGCUCUCUGAAUCGUCUGGUCUGGGUAUCCUCUGUGCUGCAUCGAGAGUCUCCAGCCCCAUGGCUGACAUCGGGCGUACCCGCGAUGAAUUGCUGAUCCGCGGAGUCGUGGUGGACACCAUCACCUGUGUCGGCAAAUACCCGAAUACUCUCGACUCCAUGGCCUGCUAUCUCGACGAGGUCGAUCAGAUAGUCGAUUCAGUAUGCGGCGAUAGCGACACGGCAUCCCAUCUCAAAUGGAAAGUCCCCAUCGCAGGCGCCGAUUUUCCAGAAGAGAUCGCUUCAUCUCCAUUCAACCUCCACCCCUCGUACCAGACACUGCGCCACCUCCUCGCAGACAACUGCGCAGACGAAAUCACCCAAACCCGCAACACCCCCAUCCACCACAUCCAAUGCCCCUCCACCAACGCAGCCGAUAACCAAAAACAAAUCGCCCUCCUCGAAUGCCAAGACUACAUCAACGCCCUGCAGGUGUUGCACGGCUGGAACUUCCUCGUCACCGAGAACAGGUAUCUGGGGAUUGGCUCGACGCCGCAUAUCGGAGAUCGAGUUGUCGUGUUCCAUGGUGCGAAAGUACCGUUUCUGCUGAGGCCGAGUGAGGAGAGGCCGGGUGCGUAUCGGGCCGUUGGGGAGUGUUAUAUCCAUGGGAUUAUGGGUGGAGAGGCUUGGGGGGAGGAAGAGGAUGUUUUCUUACAUUGAUGGAUAUAUACUACUUGUUAUGUGUGAAAUGAUUUAUGAGUUAUGAUUAGUGAUGAAGUUUAUUAAACAGACACAAGCAUAUCAGAUGGGUGUUAUUGUAUAUAAAUGAGAUUGAUUCAAAAUAUAUUUCUGUACAGCGUUCUUCCCGAAGUCUUUGAUACCACACUUAUUAUCUACACC